CGAAGCCGUACCCUCCUCCUCCCUCAGGCCCGCAUCUCCACGGAGAGAGCUGCCCCGCCGCCGCCGGUGACGCUCUGCUGAGAAAGUUUCCUGUUUUCAUGCUAGGCCUCUCCUCUCUCUUUCCCCUCCUUUCCUCCCCUUGUUUGAAAGAAGUUGCUGCUGGGUAGCUGGCAUCGGGGAGGAGGAGGAGGAACCGCUACGCUGGCUUCCAGGGCGGCUGGGAAAAUGUGGCUGCAGAGGCACGGGGGCCCAGGCUGGAGGCGAGAGGAGACUGGCAGGGCUGUGGCUGCAGCCUAGGCGCUGAAGAAGAAGGGGCAGCGGGGAAGGACUGCUCCGCACCCCCAACCCCCCUACGAGAGGGGUUAGCGCCUUUGCUCCCGUUUUCGGCUUUAGCUCUCUUUCGCGCGAGGAUGUGUGGCAGGGAGAGCAUGAGGGACAACCCCAGCGCAUCCCCAGACCUUUGAGAAAGGAGGACUAGGAGAGCCAGCUCAGGGAGCACUCCUGUUUCGUUUUUUCUUUUCGUUUUUUUCCUGUGGAUUAAUAAAGCGAUCACCUCUUCAGCACCAUGUCGACGGGAGAAAGCUUUGACUCUCGGUUUGAGAAAAUCGGAAUGAUGAUAAAGGAUCCCAAAUCUGAAGUGAACUCGGACUGCUUAUUGGAUGGAUUAGAUGCAUUGGUGUACGAUUUGGACUUUCCUGCCUUAAGAAAAAAUAAAAACAUAGACACCUUUUUAAACAAAUAUAAAGACACAAUAAACAAAAUCAGAGAUCUGCGUAUGAAAGCUGAAGAUUAUGAAGUGGUGAAAGUGAUUGGCAGAGGUGCAUUUGGGGAAGUUCAGUUGGUAAGACACAAGUCAUCACGAAAGGUUUAUGCCAUGAAGCUUUUGAGCAAGUUUGAAAUGAUAAAAAGAUCAGAUUCUGCAUUCUUUUGGGAAGAAAGAGAUAUCAUGGCAUUUGCGAAUAGCCCUUGGGUUGUGCAGUUAUUUUAUGCAUUCCAAGAUGACCGCUACCUUUACAUGGUGAUGGAAUACAUGCCUGGUGGGGACCUAGUGAAUUUAAUGAGCAACUAUGAUGUUCCUGAGAAAUGGGCAAGAUUUUAUACUGCAGAGGUUGUUCUUGCAUUAGAUGCAAUUCACUCAAUGGGCUUUAUUCACAGAGAUGUAAAGCCUGAUAAUAUGCUGCUAGAUAAAUCUGGUCACUUAAAACUAGCAGAUUUUGGUACCUGUAUGAAGAUGAAUAAGGAAGGCAUGGUACGAUGUGAUACAGCUGUUGGAACACCAGACUAUAUAUCCCCAGAAGUAUUAAAAUCUCAAGGUGGUGAUGGUUACUAUGGACGAGAAUGUGACUGGUGGUCAGUUGGUGUCUUUUUGUAUGAAAUGCUUGUGGGGGAUACACCUUUUUAUGCAGAUUCUUUGGUUGGAACAUACAGUAAAAUUAUGAACCAUAAGAAUUCUCUUAGCUUUCCUGAUGAUAAUGAUAUUUCAAAAGAUGCAAAAAAUCUUAUUUGUGGCUUCUUAACUGACAGGGAAGUCAGAUUAGGCCGAAAUGGUGUGGAAGAAAUCAAGCGACACCCUUUCUUCAAAAAUGACCAGUGGUCUUGGGAAAACCUUAGAGACACUGUAGCACCUGUUGUGCCUGAUUUAAGUAGUGAUAUUGAUACUAGUAACUUUGACGAUUUGGAAGAAGAUAAAGGAGAAGAAGAAACAUUUCCUAUACCAAAAGCAUUUGUUGGCAACCAGCUGCCUUUUGUAGGAUUUACUUACUACAGUAACCAUCAGUAUUUAUCUAGCUGUACAGCAAACUCUAAUGACAACAGAGCAAGCACCAACGUAGAUAAAAGUUUGCUGGAAUCUCUGCAGAAAACUAUCUAUCAACUUGAAGAACAGCUACAUAAUGAAAUGGAACUGAAAGAUGAAAUGGAACAAAAAUUCAGAACAUCAAACAUUAAAUUAGACAAGAUAAUGAAGGAAUUAGAUGAAGAGGGCAGUCAGAGAAAAAAUUUGGAAUCAACAGUUACUCAGGUUGAAAAGGAAAAUAUGCUUCUGCAACAUAGAAUAAAUGAAUAUCAAAGAAAAAUUGAGCAGGAGAAUGAGAAACGUCGAAAUGUAGAAAAUGAAGUGUCAACGCUAAAAGAUCAGUUGGAAGACUUAAAAAAAAUCAGUCAGCAUUCACAUAUUACAAAUGAAAAAAUAACGCAGUUGCAAAAGCAACUUGAAGAGGCCAAUGAUUUACUGAGGACAGAGUCAGAUACUGCAGCAAGGUUGAGAAAGAGUCACACAGAAAUGAGCAAGUCAGUAAGUCAGUUUGAAGCUCUAAACAGAGAACUGCAAGAGAGAUGCAGAAUCCUGGAAAGCACAAAAUUACAAGUGGAAAAAGACUAUUAUCAACUUCAAGCUGCAUUGGAAGUGGAAAGAAGGGAUAGGAGUCAUGGAUCAGAAAUUAUUGGAGAGCUACAAGCUCGGGUUACAUCUUUACAAGAAGAAAUCAAAGGUUUAAAGAACAAUCUUGAAAGAGUGGAAGAAGAAAGAAAGCAGGCCCAGGACAUGCUUAAUCGUUCUGAAAAGGAAAAGAAUAAUUUAGAAAUUGAUCUAAACUACAAACUCAAAAUAUUACAGCAGCGUUUAGAGCAAGAAGUAAAUGAGCAUAAUAUAAAUAAAGCUCGUUUAACUGACAAGCACCAGUCAAUAGAAGAGGCCAAGUCAGUUGCAAUGUGUGAAAUUGAAAAAAAGGUGAAAGAAGAGCGAUCAGCAAGAGAGAAGGCAGAAAAUCGCAUAGUCCAGAUUGAAAAACAAUGUUCCAUGCUAGACUUUGACUUGAAGCAAUCUCAACAGAAGCUGGAGCACCUUAGUGAGCAGAAAGAGAGACUAGAAGAUGAGGUUAAGAAUAUCACACUUCAGCUGGAACAUGAGAUUAAUAAGAGAGUGAUGACACAGAAUGACCUGAAGAUUCAUGCUAUAGAGGCAGAUAACUUAAAAAGUUCUGAGAAGCAGCUAAAACAGGAGAUCAACACAUUGUUGGAAGCGAAGAGAUUAGCAGAAUUUGAGUUGGCUCAACUGGCAAAGCAGUACAGAGGGAAUGAAGGCCAAAUGCGUGAACUGCAAGAUCAACUAGAAGCCGAACAGUACUUUUCUACUCUAUACAAAACUCAGGUUAAAGAACUUAAAGAAGAAAUUGAGGAGAAGAAUAAAGAAACUCAGAAAAAAAUACAGGAAUUACAAAAUGAAAAAGAAACUCUUGCUGCACAGUUAGAUCUGGCUGAAACAAAAGCUGAAUCUGAGCAGUUGGCCCGAGCUCUCCUUGAAGAGCAGUAUUUUGAAUUGACUCAGGAGAGCAAGAAAGCUGCAUCACGAAACAGACAAGAAAUUGCCGAUAAGGAUAAUAUUGUAAGCCGGCUUGAAGAAACAAAUAAUACAUUAACCAAGGAUGUGGCAUUUCUAACAAAAGAAAAUUCUGAACUAAAUGAGAAGAUUAAGAAACUGGAGGAAGAUUAUAUAUUGAAAAAAGAAGAAGAAAUAAAUACCAUAAAAAUGCAGUAUGAAAAGAACUUGAACACUGAAAGAACCCUUAAAACACAGGCUGUCAACAAACUGGCUGAAAUUAUGAAUCGCAAAGAUUUUAAGCUAGAUAGAAAGAAAGUAAACAUGCAGGACUACAAGAAAAAAGAGAAGGAAAAUCGGAAGUUACAAUUGGAACUUAACCAAGAAAAAGAGAAAUUUAAUCAGAUGGUAAUAAAAUACCAGAAGGAGCUUAAUGAAAUUCAAGCGCAAAUUGCAGAAGAGUCUGCACAUAAGAACGAACUUCAGAUGCAGUUGGAUAGCAAGGAAAGCGAUAUAGAACAACUGCGCAGUAAAAUUAAUGACUUACAACUAGGCAUGGACUCAACUAGUGUUGCCAGCCUUCCGCCAGAUGACACUGAUGGAAAUGUUAUAGAGUCAAGAAUGGAGGGCUGGCUUUCAAUACCAAACAAAGGAAAUAUAAAACGUCAUGGAUGGAAGAAGCAGUAUGUUGUGGUCAGCAGCAGAAAGAUUUUGUUCUAUAAUGACGAACAGGACAGAGAACAUUCUAAUCCAUCCAUGGUAUUAGAUAUAGAAAAAUUGUUCCAUGUGCGACCAGUAACACAGGGAGAUGUCUACAGAGCGGAAACUGAGGAAAUUCCUAAAAUAUUCCAGAUUCUAUAUGCCAAUGAGGGCGAGUGCCGAAAAGAUUUGGAAGCAGAACCAGUUCAGCCACCAGAGAAGACAACCUUUCUGAAUCAUAAAGGUCAUGAAUUCAUCCCAACAUUAUACCACUUUCCAGCCAACUGUGAGGCUUGUGCCAAGCCCCUCUGGCAUGUAUUUAAGCCGCCACCUGCAGUAGAAUGUCGGCGAUGCCAUGUUAAGUGCCAUAGAGAUCACUUGGAUAAAAAGGAAGAAUUAAUUGCACCAUGUAAAGUGAGUUAUGAUGUAACUUCAGCAAGAGAUAUGUUGUUGUUAGCCCCUUGUCAAGAAGAUCAAAAGAAAUGGGUUUCUCAUUUAGUAAAGAAGAUCCCCAAGACACCACCAUCCAGUUUUGUUCGUGCUUCCCCCAGAACUCUUUCUACAAGGUCCUCAGCAAAUCAGUCAUUCAGAAAAGUUAAGAAUGCGUCUGGAAAAGCUAGGUCAAAGGAGUAUGGAUCUAUGGGGGACAUUACCCAUUCAGAAAACUCAAGUUACUGUUAACAAUAUAUGCAGCACUCCAUGGAAUCUGGCUGAGUCUGAGAAAGCUGUGCUUUUUUCCCACCAUACAGGGCAGUGCAGACUGGUUGUUUGUUCCAAUGCAAUUAUCACUGGCUUCAGGGCUAAGACUGCUAUUACUCUCUCCUCCUUGCUUUGGCACAAAAAGCACGCUGAGGGUGUCUUAUUGCGGGUUUGCCUUAAGGUAGAUUAGAUUAAUUAUUACUAUGUAAUGCAAGUAAAAGCAAAUAAAGCUUAGCUAGAAAUAAGUUUAAACUGCUGCCUUUUUGGAUUUCUAAAAAAUAAAACCACCAGCUAAUCAUGAUGGAAUGCAGUGAGCUUUUCUUGUAUCAAUGAGAAUAAGAGGACUAUUUACCCUGUGGGAAGGAUAUUUAUAUCAAGA